AUGUCCCAAAAUUCAAAACGUCAUCCAACAGACCAGUCCAGUCUGGCAUAUAUCAUAAAUCAUGUUUUUCUACCUCUCAAGUCGCCGCAAGGCAGUGACCAUUCCCUCAACAACGAGCUGGCCUUAUCUCAGGCAGUAUUUGAUGCUGCUCUCGUCUUCAGUGACGAACUGCUGCCUGAUGAGCAGUGGCUUUGGACGAGCAGCUUGAAAAUGCUUCGCAAUCUCAAAGAUUCGGUCAGAUUUAGCACAAUGUCUACAGAGGAAGUCGAGUCUCAGAUUAGUACUAUGGACAACAAAGAUGUCCUCGUAUACAUGAUUCGCGCGCAAAACGCUGCGGUGAUCAUGAGAAAACUCGAAUCCGAGACCAUAUUCGAAUCAUUUGAGGUCUCUCCUGACCCCACCGCAGUGAUGGGUGUAAAGGGAAAGCUGAUUUGUUCUUAUCCUGGACCUGCCAUCGCAGUCCCAGAUGCGAACAUCGAUAAUACUACCUUCUCUGCCGAGCUGGCAAAUUUUCUCGUUUGUAUGGAUCGGGAUGUCCUUGAUGCGGCGGCGACAAGGCAAAAGGCAAAAUCCACUGUUCUCGAAGAGAGGGACACAACGCACCCUCGAUAUAUCACAGAACUCCUGACCGGUAUAUUGCAUGGCCUUGGGAGCAUCGCUAAUGUUCCUCGCAUCCGCAAGCGCAUCGGAGAUGAUGUGCUGUGGGACAGCGCGAAAUUGCCGUGGAGGCGGUCUCCGCUUUGGCUUGUCAUUCGCGUUGCCUUACAGACGACUCUGGAGCGCAGUGCUCUUGGACGAACGACGUAUAAAUCGUUCAUGUUGUUCUUCAUGGCGAGGCUCACGUCCCUUGCCCUCGACCAUCGCACGCCGUCUUUUAAGCUUGAAUCCUCUGCAUCUCCGGAGUUGUCGCAGAUGGUCAGUAUGGUCACUGGGGACGUAAGGAGUGUUCUGGAGGAAAGAUGGGGAUCUAUUCAAGACGCGCAACCAACCUCACCUCCUUGGGCUCCCGAGUCCCUCCGAGUCUUGCGAGAUACCCGUCUUUCCUUGAACAGGAGUCGCGAGUACAUACGCCAAGCUUUACAGAACCAGCAUUCAUCCCCUCAACCACCCCCAUUCAAUCCUAGUCACCGCACACGCGGGACGAUCGAUAAUUUCCUUGAUGCUGAUGCGAGCUUCUUAGUGGCCGCUCAUGUUGCAGAACCAUUUCUUGCCCUCGCAGACUUCGAGACCGCCAUUAGAUCGGGGAUUGACGACUGGGUGGCGCGCGUUCCACUCCAGAGCAUUGAUUCUGCAUGUGUCUCGAUUGAGGCAUGCGCCUCUGCUUACUCCUCGAGGGCGCUUAAGCUUUAUAAAGGAAACCCGGAGAAUUUGUCUAUUAUGCUUGUCACGCUUUUCGAGCUCUGGGUAGCCAUGGAUAAGAUCGUUGUUGGACGAAUCCCACUCCUGGCAUAUUAUCCCCCCGAAAUCCCAUUGACCAUUUGGGAGUGUCUGCUAGUCCGCAAACCUUCAGCUUUUGAUCGUCUAAAGGAGCUAAGCGCCUACCUUCAAGCUCGUCACUGCGCUUCCAGCUGUCCGUCGGUGUUUUCAUCCAUGACCGAUGACGAGUCAUUCGCUGUGCAGUAUUUUUAUCAGUCUUCAAAGCUACAGAAUUUGAAGCUAAUCAUCGAGGCGCAUGCUCAGAUAGAACGGGAGAAGAAGUUGUUUGAGCUCUUGACACUCAAUCAGCGGUACGCUGGCCUAAAUUGGCAAGCAGAAAACUUAUCACAUGAAUACACCGUUACCUCCCGCGGCAAGGAGCACCAUGACAAGAAGCACUGUCAAAAGUGUCGCCUGGAACAGGAGAUGCAAUCCAUGACUAUCGCAGUCCACGAGUGGCCACUACCAGCCCACGAAAAAGAAGCAAUCGCAGUCGUGUUUGAAUUGGUAUGCCCCACCGCCUUCGACAUGUGGAGAUGUAUGACAUUACAUGUCCUCAUUGACAUUUGCACUCCAAAGAACAUUUUGCACACUCGUCCCUUCACGACACUGCCGAAAUAUCACGCCUUGGAGCGUUACCGUCAGUGCCAUCCAAGACAGAGGCUGACUUUGGCGUCGGAUGCCAAACCCUUCGGCAGCUCCCAUUACAGUCGCAUUCACAUUCCCACGGUUGAUGGCAGCGUCUGUGUCAACAACGGACUCGUAUUUCGGCCCUUUGAUACAACCACAAAUACCUGGGCCGCCAAGGUAGCAUCGCUGCAGUUUGAUUUUAGAGAGUUGUGCACAUCUAUUCUUCCCAAGGGACCAUACCAUGGUUUACAGCGAUAUUUUGCGGAAACGUCCCAUACCUCAAACGAGGUCAUAGCCAAUCAGACUGAUUGUCACAAGGACAUGACCAUCCACGAGUUUAUCGCAUUCGGAUCCUUGCGAAGUGGACCGCAAUUGCAAUGGAUGAAUAUCCUGCGCGAGCUUCGUGCAAGGACCCUCGAUUUUCGACGCGAGGAAGUCCAUCUGCUAUUAGCUCAAGCUGUUUCACAAGUCGGCCCGCUUUGGUCUGACGAGGGCCUUCUGUGGCAUGAGGAACUGAACAGCAUGCCCUUCCUUCAUGCACUUCUCGAAGAGCUAGAAUCUUUGGUGGCCAGCGUCGAAGAAAAUUGGUUAGAAGGUGUCACAAUAAGCACCAUCAUCAUGCUUGUGUGCCGUGUCUUGUCCUCGACUCAGAGAGAGUGUAUUAAAAAUCGUGGACACUCUCUACUUCGAAGGAUGCGAGCUGCAACCUUUACCUUGCUGAUACAGCUAUCAACGAAAAUGCAAGCCAGCAACGACUCGGACGUGACGUUCAGUCGGGAGUUACAAGGGCGUAUUCGUGAUAUGGCCAUCACCUGUCGAAGCACCUUUGAUGUAGACGGAGAUGCAUCGCUGCUCCUGACAUCGAACGACAUCAAGAUUUAUGCAUGUUGUGCCAUCAUGAUUUAUGAUAACACCCCAAGCCAAUUGGGUGAACUUACCCAACAUUCCAAGCUCCUGGUCGAGCGAGAUAAAAGAUGUUGUCAUGCAUUAGAAGCCGCUGUUCGUCAAUAUUCAGAGCUUCAUAGGGAGGGUCUUGAUUGUGCAGUUGCGGAGGUCUGGGGCAGCUACAGACCAGGAACUCCUUGGAGGGCAUUACCGGCUCCAAAAUCUCGUUGGCUUGUGUCGCAUACUGCACAUUCGUGCACUCAAUUACCGCAAGUUGUGCACUUCAAUCUGGUCAGUGGGUGCUUGCUUGUUGACGGGAAGCAGCUGGGUAGGCUCCCGUCAAUAAUAGGGCAACAUGCCACAUACAAAUCCAUGUUCGGUGCUCGAAUUUUCGAUGUCGUUCCUGCUGAUAUUCCUGGAAUGGAUUAUGCGACACGGGGGAAUUUCUACGACCAUCAGGUGUCUUUCGCCCUUCGCAAUUCAAAUGAUCUCAUCAUCCGUGCCAAGCAUAUUGACCGAGGCUCGCCUGUCUUUCAACUCAUUCCAAACCAAAAAUUUGUCGAUGACCUACCAACAACCCUGAUAGGCAACCAUACUCAUUGGCUUAACCUGCACACGAGCGAAAUCGAGAUUCGCCCAGCAGAAAAUGCGUGGAAGUCUUCCCCUGACAAUUGGGUCAUGCAAUUUGCUGUCUCGGGCUCCUCAACACUGGGGAAGGCUGGCAGUGUCACUCUUGUUGACAUACGCAGCCAAACAUGGGACAUGAUCUCUAAGAGGUUAUGUCCUCUGGAGGAUCCCCGCAACAUCGUGGUCACAUAUAAUGAAGCAUCCAGCGGUACUUUCUCCUCGCUGAAGGUUGACUUGCCUCGAUAUGGUCUUGAAUUUUUCGUCGAUGAGGAUGGGGAACUGCAGUCUCGCAACAUGCGCAACAUGGUUGUCGAUACCAUUCAGUCGAUUGGAACGAUGUUGGGAUUAAUCAACCAGCUCGUCUUGCGUCCGAAGUCACAAAUUGCCGAUGAGCAUCCACGCACUGUCAUCAUCCCAGACGGUCGUAUCUCACAUUCCACUGAUGGCAACCAUGUCCGCAUUACCAUCGCCCCUGAAGGCCCUCGAGUGACGUACCAGUUGUACAGGGUUGAUACAGAUCUACGCUGUCUCACUGGGAACGCGGGUCUGACCAGUAAGCUUUAUCAGGCGCUCCUUCACGCUGUCACCAGCGGCUGUCUCCCUGAUCCCCUUACGGGCCGAACGGGGACAGAGGAAGCAUUGCGGCUCCUGCAUUCUGCUGCUUGCCGGUCGUUCAUGAAGCUUCGCUCUCGCGAUACAGAUCUUUUACGUAAGAUCAGUUCAUUGUCAGCCAGGCGCGUCUGGUAUCCCAUUCAUCUCCGAAAGAUGCAGACAGUUUCGUGGUCGUCUCUUGCACCCCUUGCACAGCACUAUGAUUUUCAUCUAGUCGCAAAAUCUAUCAUGGACUACGGCAGGCGGCUGUCAAAUUUCUCAGAAGGAUCUGCAAGCCUUCAGCUUAUCUUUGAUCUUCCGCCGACCACCGAUCACCUUCUUGAGCGCGCAUCCAUUCGUGCUUCAGUGGUCUAUCCCGACCAGUUUUCUUUGCCUUUUCCAUGUGGUAACACAGAUGGCGUGUAUACUCCACGCGAGGUCCCUGAUAAAAAUGCGGAAGAGAGGGCAUUCAAUGCGGCCCUCAUGGUACACCAGUGGCCAAGCAGACUUCCGGUGCAACGAGAUCUAGUGGGUUUGUUGACUUCAUGGGGAAAGGUCCAGGGCGUUUGCGAAUCCCUCAGCAUGCGGUACUCCAAAGACUGGCUUCAACCGGCUUUUCCUCGCAUCUUCCUUUCUGCGCACGACCGCUGCCGUAGUGUUACAGAAGAAGACAAAUUUCGGCUGGUGUUCACCCUGGCCUCAGCAUCAUACAGCUCAACGGACAAGCACGCGCUCAUCCCAACACUCUUAGCCUUCUCCACAGUUCCCGAAAUUCGCAAUCUACCUCGCCUUCCGGAGUUCACCUCCUAUGAUUUCUCCGAUGGCUUUAUGCCUUCCCGUGCCAGAGUGGAUAAUCUCGUCAAUUCGUGCAUGAAAAAAUAUGAAAGCAGUCAGGAGAGUCGCCUAACUGCGAUACCCGGGGAAGGUAAAAAGGCUCUACGAACGCGUUGUCGCUCAGCUUUCGACCUAAACUGUCGCUCUCAAAAGAAACUCAUUCUCAGCAAAGUUUGGGACGCUUGGCCGUGCGAAACACUUCCCGCAUUCAAUACGCUACAAGCAAGCUGCUUCAAUCUCAAUGGACUGUUGAAGAAACUUCGCCCAGUGUUUCGUAGUUGUUGGGCAAACCGCUGUUUGAAGGAGCACUUGGAUGUCCAGCAAGUUACUCUCAACCGAUUCUACGUUCCCGAUCCUCCAAAACGACACUCGCGAUAUAAUCCUGAUUCGAAUCUCAAUGAUGUUACUUCAUCAACCUCAUCUGUUGAUGCCCAGUACCUCUUCGCCAGGAAUCCGCCCGUUAUACGGACGCUCGGGUCUUCCCAAGUUUCACCCAAUACCCGAGCGAGAGAUAUAGUAUCCGCAGACCCCGGUGUCGCAUCGUCGAGAUUGCAAAAGUUGAUCAACGACUUUCGCGCUAGAGGAAGCACUAAGUUCCACGAGAACUAUGCUAAUGAUCUGGACCGCAGCAGGUCGAUUCUCUGUGAAGAAAGGCUCGUUGCCUCGCCAGAUCCUACGGCGUACACUAUGGAAGUACUGCUUGAGCACCAUUCUCUGCAUAACCAACGAUUUCAAGAUUCACUUGCCAUUAUCACAGACGCCCUCUCUCCUGCUUCUGUCGUUGAGAACGCAUUGUCUAAUGCUGGGUUGUGGCCCCGAGUUACACCUAACUUUCUCCUCGAUCGCAUGGCAUCUAUAUCCGGGAAUUGUUUGGGAAAGGCAUGGCGUACAGCUCUCACUCGCCUAUCGGAGAUACUUCUCCAACUGCAGCGCUCGCGAAGGCUGUUGGUCUUUGCUGCUAAUAAAAACUGGGUUGAGUUCUUCAAGGAAUUGGAGAAUGAAGAAUGCGAGGGAUUUGAUCCGGAGCUGUACCCUGACUGGCUUUUAAUACAGAUCGAAAGUCAGUUCUUAGCACGGCCAGUCCAGGUCAAGGUUGCGCUGGAGAUGAUGUCGCCAUCCACAGGAGGAAAUACUUCUCUCCAGCUGAAUAUGGGCGAAGGCAAAUCCUACGUGAUCGUUCCUCUCGCAGCAGCCGCACUUUCUGAUGGCCACAGACUGGUCCGAGUAAUCGUGCUGAAGUCGUUGUCGGCUCAGAUGUUCCAGCUACUGGUUGAACGACUCAGCGGCCUUGCACAGAGGCGCAUUUUCUAUAUCCCGUUCUCCCGUGCACUCUCUAUCGACUCAUCGAAGGUGCAAAUGUAUCGUGACCUGAUGCAAGAAUGCAUAGACGCCAAGGGCAUUUUGGUCGUGCAACCGGACCAUAUUCUGUCGUUCCAGUUAAUGGCUGUUGACCGUCAACUGUCCCCCAAGAAUCAUGCCGCUCAAAAUAUGCUUCAGGCUCAAUUGUGGCUCGACAAUCAUACACGCGACAUUCUGGAUGAAAGCGAUGAAAUUCUGCACGUCCGCUACCAGCUAGUAUAUACUGUGGGUCUCCAAAAGUCGCUUCAAGGUCAUCCCGAACGGUGGACGACCACACAACAAGUGUUGAGUCUUGUCGCGAAGCAUGCCGCUCGGCUCAUGAACCAAUCUCACACCCGUUCAGAAGUGUCCAUUCGUGAGCACGGAGGGUUCCCCUUCGUUCGUGUUUUGCACCCGACAGUGGGCGAAGCAUUGGUCCAAUGGAUCGCAGAAGAUGUCAUCAAUGGCGCGCUUGAAAACAUCAGCUUCGAUCAAGCAUCCCUUCAAGUGAAGCAAGCAAUCCGUCAGUUCAUCGCAGCUGAGAAGAUAUCCGACGACAGUAUCAGUUUGGUGGAGGAUCGUUAUAGACAUACCACCGUCUGGCCCGGCCUUCUAGUCUUGCGUGGAUUGCUAGCAUAUGGUAUCUUGGUAUACGCCCUCAAAGAACGUCGCUGGCGCGUAGACUAUGGCCUUGCCCCAAAGCGAACCAUGUUGGCUGUUCCUUUUCGUGCUAAAGACAUGCCAUCGCUGCGGGCUGAGUUUGGCCAUCCGGAUGUUGCUGUCACCCUCACAUGCAUAUCGUACUAUUAUGCGGGUCUUACCCACGAGCAGCUGAUGUUAUGCUUCGAGCUUCUGCUGAAGCAGGAUAAUCCCACGCUCGAGUAUGAAUCCUGGGUGCUUGGACUUCAGUCCGUCCCAGAAAGUCUGUGCCAUCUUAGCGGAAUCAAUACGGAAUCCGCAGAGCAGCUCCAAGAUCUUCAGGAAUUAUUUGCGUGCAACAAGGCAGUCAUAGAUUUCUACCUGUCUCGAGUGGUUUUUCCCAAGGAAGCGAAGGCAUUCCCCAGCAAGCUCACCUGCUCCGGGUGGGAUCUCGCUCAAGAGAAGAGACAUCUCACAACUGGGUUUUCUGGUACCAACGACAAUCGUUAUUUGUUACCAAGCUCGAUAGUCCAGCAUGACCUUGAUUACCAACGCAGCACGAAUGCUCGAGUCCUAGCGUUCCUUCUGCGCCCGGAGAACAACUACUACACAUGCAUACCGCCUGGCCAAAAGGUGUCACACUUCAUCGAUGCCCUUAUCGCCCAAACCCCCGAGGUCCGCGUGCUCCUGGAUGUGGGUGCGCAGAUGCUGGAAUUGAAGAAUCAGGAAUUGGCCGAGACAUGGCUUCGAGUCAAGCGCGAUGCCCAAGCUGCAGUGUUCGUGAAUGACGAUGAUGAAAUUGUCGUUGUCAGUCGGGAUGGGACAGUGGAGCCCCUUGUGUCGUCCCCCUUUGCCCAGCAGCUUGACCAGUGCGUGAUAUAUCUGGACGACGCGCACACCAGAGGAACGGAUGUCAAGCUUCCUUCCGGCUUCCGGGCUGCUGUCACGCUUGGUCCGAAAGUCACAAAAGACCGCCUGACGCAAGGAUGCAUGCGAAUGCGGAAGCUGGGCAAUGGACAUUCAGUUAUGUUCUUCGCUCCGACGGAAGUUGACCGAGGCAUUCGUUCGGCGACACAGAAAGCUGAUACCGACGAUGUCGAUGUAGCAGAUAUCCUGCACUGGGCCAUGCUCGAAACCUGUCUUGAUAUUCAGAUGCGUGCAUCGCACUGGGUUCAACAGGGAUCGGAUUUCAAUAUACGACAUUCCGCAUGGGCUGAAUUGUCACGUACCCCUACUUCGAUCUCAACCCUGAAGACCGCCUGGUUGCAGCCUGAGGAGCGUUCGUUGGAGGAUAUGAAGUGCGAAGAACUCGGAUUCCUCUCGGCAUCAGCAAGAAGCAUGGAUGAGGAACAAGAAAGGGAGGUACUUCACGAGGUAGAGAGAGAGCGUCGAGUGGAAAGACCGCCCAGGGUCGAACCUGCAACCCAUGUUCUGCACGCAGACGUCCGUACUUUCGUGAAGACUGGCCGAAUUCCAAAGGGGUCCCCCGCAUUCAUUCAAGCACUGUCCAGCCUUGUCAACACUACUGCUGUAUUUCAUGAGCGCAAUCAGUGGGCACAGACUGUUCUAGUCACACAUGACUUCACUCGUACGGUGGGGACUCUUUCUUUGCUUCAAAAGGCAAAUGAUUAUCUGCGGCCAGUCAAUUGGGUUAUAUCCAGUAACGUUGGGCACCUGCUGGUGGUAUUGAGCCCGAACGAAGUGAACACACUACUACCUGCCGUCCGCAAAAGCAAUGCAGUUAAUCUAUGCAUCUAUACACCCCGCACAACAAAAACAAUGCAGGCAUGCGACAACCUUCGCCUCUACUGUGUUCCUUCGACACCACAUUACAAGAAGUAUCUCCACGCUUGCGGUUUCUUAGGGCUCAACGCACCAGAUUUGGGGGACGAAGACUUGAUAGUAGACAGUGAUGGAUUUGUCAGGGAGGAGAAUCGCCCUUCUGCAAGGGCGUCAUGCUCGUUCAAGUCAUCCCAGCUUCCUCCGCUGAAAGAGUUGUUCGGAAUGAGAAGGAAAGGCAUGGGAUAUCUGCCAACUCACCUCGGAAAAAUACUCAAUGGCCGCAUUCUGACUGAGGAAGAUUUUCUCAACUGA